CGGCGGCGUCGCUGGGGAGACGCGGUUUAAAGCAGAUGUUCAGUUGUCGUCGUUGUUGUUAUAGCGGAUAAAAUCGACAAUGAAACCAGUAGACUCAGAUGAAGAAGAAGAGCAGCAGCAACAGUGUGCUAAUAAGAAGGAAUUGAGACAGCGGGCCAAUGAGAGUAUCCAGCAGCUUCAUACUUUGGAGAACAUGUACUCUGAUGGGGCAAAGGUGGAGGAUGCAAGAGGCAGUGACUCCAUCCUCAUUACGACCGUGGCUGAAGACGACAAUGCUAAUACCUGGAGGCAGAAGACGCAAAGUGACGCAGUAAAUCAGUUGAAGAAUCUUCUCAUGAAGCAAUGCAGAGAGAUUUCCACUCCACUUUCCCCUUCAAAGAAGCACUCACCAUCUAAGAGAGGAGAGCAAGAGGGAAAGCCCAGUUUGUCUGCCGUUCAGGAUUUGGUGCCAGCGGUUUCCAAUCAGCCAGACUACGUCCAGCAUCUACAAGCUGAGGUCAAAUUCUGCAAGGAAGAGCUGCAAAUGAUGAAACAGAGGAUCAGAGUGGUGGUGGUUGAGAAUGAAAACCUGCAAAUGCAACUUAAAUGCAAGGAUUUGGAUGAUUCCCAUAAAGAUUACACAAUCCAAAACGCCACGGAACAGCUGAAAGUGAUCCACCAGUCACAGAUUGAAAGUUUGGAAGCUCAGGUCGCCUCCCUCAGGAAAGAACUUUCCUUCUGUCAGAAGGAGUAUGAGGAGGUGAAGGCUCAUUUAAGACACAAGGAGAAGCAAGCUGAAGAAUGGCUGAAGGCUGAUGGAGCUCCUCGUGUAGCAGGGUUAUGUCUGAAGUGUUCCCAGCAUGAAGCUGUCUUGGCUGAGACUCAUACAAACAUGCACAUCCAGGCUAUUGACAGGCUCACCAAGGAGCGUGACAGUUUAUUGGUGACUUUACGUGUGGCACAGACCAGUCUGCAGGAGGCACAGCAGAGGGAGUGGUCGGCAUGUCUGCAGGUCAAACAGGCUGUGGAGAUGGCAGAAGAAGCAAACUUACACAAAUCAGAGAUGGAGGUGCAGUGUGCACAGAUGUCGAGGGAACUGUCUCAACAAACGAAACGCAUUGAAGAAGAAGCGCAGGCCUUGAAGGUGCGGCUGCAUCUGGCCAGAGAGGAGGGCCACAAUGAGGCUCGCAGUCAGAAAGAGGAGCUGGUGUCCAGUCUUUCCAAGCGUAUUGCUGAUUUGGAAGCACACUUCAGCCGAGCUAAUAGAGAGAAGAGCUCACUGAGCGAUCAGCUGGGAGAAGCCAUGCGCAAACUUGCCAUUCAGGAACAAGACCGUAACAAGAUGUGUGAGGAUCUGCGAUACCAGCUGAGCAGGACCCAGCUGAAGAAAGUGGAGACAGAGCGAGAACUCCGAGAGCUGAAUGACAAAACCAACAGACAAAUGGAGAAAGCUGCACAGGAAGUGGAAAAGCUGAGCUCAGAGCUGGUUGGCUAUCGGCAGCAACUGGAGGUGGUCCAGAAGGAUGCCAGCCAAUGGCAGGCCAAAGUCCUGAGCCUAGAAGAACAGCUGGCAAAUGCCCAGCGCCAACUGCACCUCACCAGGAAGGAAAAAGAGAGCGUGGAGCGGGCUCACAAGGAAGAAAUAGCAUCUGUCACCCUUUCAGCACAGGAACGAGAGAGUGCGCUGUCUGUGCUGCUGGAGCAAAUAGAGGUGCAACACCAGCAAAGAGUUGGGGAGUUGGACGGUCUGCUGAGUUCUCAGAAUUCGCUGAUCAGGAAGCUGAAGGAGGAGUGCUGCAUGCUGGGAGCCAAGCUGGAAGAGCUGACAGAAAACAGCAGACGUAAGCUGGGGGAACUGGCUCUGGAGAGACAACACCUGAAGGAGACAGUAAAGACUCUGAGAGCACGCUGCUCUGACAUGGAGGAACAGUGUGUCCGGCAUGGCCAGAUACACCAACGCAUGAAGAACAGGCUGCAGCAGUUGGACCGUCACUGUCAGAGCAGCGCUCAGCAGGUGUGUGAGCUGCUGGCCAAACAGAAGCAGCUGAUGCACGAGAGAAAUGCACUCACAGAAGAAACGCAUAAACUGCGCACACAGAAUCCCUGCUGCUGGGGCAGCAGAUCUCCUGGGAUGCUAGAGCCGCCAAAAUCUGUGAUGAAGGAAAGCUUCAGGGUCUGUAGAUCCAUUUGAGUACUCAGCAGCGCUUUUGUAUUCAAGGUUUAGAAAAACAAGAGAUUAUGUCUGUGAGGGAGAGUUCAUGAUGUGUAGGUGCUAUAACAUUUACUAACAGUGGACCAUUCCAACCUGGUACAAGUCUGCAGGAGAACGAAGACUCUAAAGCAGUGGUUUUCAAACUGUGGGGCGUGCUCCCCCUGGGUAGCACCAGAGUUCUACAGAGGGAGGUGCAAAAAAAAAAAACUGUAAACACUGUUAACAAACAAAAAAAAGAAGGGUUGGCGGAAAGGUUAGAAAGCUCCAACUGUGGGAUCUCUGAGAACAUAUCUGAAGUUGUGCAUGUGGUUUUUAGAUAAUUAAAUAAUUUAUGUGCAGAUUAUUAUUAUUAUCAGAUAGUUCACACUGAAUGUUGUUUGUGUUUCUAGCUCUUGAACAAGAGAUGAGACGUGUAACAUCAGCACCCGUUUCCUGCUUCAUUAUCUCUAGAUUUUUUUUUAAACCAUGAAGUUCUGUCAAAUACAUAUUAAAGUGUUUAGUCAUGAUUAAAAUGUGGAUAUAUCUUCAUUUAAUAGAAAGUAAACAAUAGAUUUCCUUCUCAUUGUGUCUUAUGCAUUUUUUGCACAUUUUUAAUUGUAAUUUGAUAGGUGUUGAUGCACCAGUUUUUAAAAUCUGAUCAUCAGUUUUCUAGCAGCAAAUGAACAUUUUGUGUUUGUAAACACAUUUCAUUUUUGAAUAAAAAU